CCGAACACCGCAAAGUUGCGUCGAACGACAGCGAUACCUUUCACGACCCCGACAACUCACCCAACGAUUACCGACCGACCGACACAAUGGGCGAUUCCUCCGUCGUAGCACCAUCCUGGAGACAGGUCGAGGUCGGCCGUGUCGUUCACUUCGGCAGCGGCCCAUACGCUGGCAGAAUUGCCGCCAUUGUCCAGAUCAUCGACCACAAGCGCGUCCUCGUCGAUGGCCCAUCGAAGGUCUCCGAGCUCGCGACUCCACGUCACUCCGCCCCAAUCUCCUCGCUCUCGCUCACUGGACUCGUCAUCCCAAAGAUCGCUCUCGGUGCUGGUGUGACUGCUCUUUCGAAGCAAUGGGAGGAGUUCGGUGUGGACAAGAAGUGGACGGAGAGCCCAUAUGCCAAGAAGAUUGAGAAGGCCACCCGGAGAAAGCAGUUGAACGAUUUCGAGCGCUUCAAGGUGAUGCGCCUGAGGAAGCAGGCUCGCUUCGAGACCCGCAAGGCUCUUGCUACUGCGAAGGCUGCAUAGAUUGCGAGAUGAAGAUGCUAAAUACCCUCUCGCAUCAUGACAGCACUAGAACGGAAGCGCAUGCAUCUCACUUGGAACAAGAUAGACUGGCUUCAGCCAUCUGGGCGAACGGCUGGCGCAAGGUGGAAGAAGCGGCUGUCUUCAGGCUUUUGAUAGCGGUUCAAGCAUGGUCCUCAGAAGGCCCCGCAGAUGUCGUAACGUGAAACUGUCAAAAUCUCC